AUGGGACUUAAGUUGAACGGCAGAUAUAUUUCACUGAUCCUCGCGGUGCAAAUAGCGUACCUGGUGCAGGCCGUGAGAGCAGCGGGCAAGUGCGAUGAGGUCUUUAAGGGCUUUUCAAACUGUUUGCUCAAGCUGGGCGAAAGCGUGGCCAACUACCCGCAGGGCCUGGACGACAAGACGAACAUCAAGACCAUGUGCACAUACUGGGAGGAUUUCCACAGCUGCACGGUCACAGCCCUUACGGAUUGCCAGGAAGGGGCGAAAGAUAUAUGGGAUAAACUGAGAAAAGAAUCCAAAAACCUCAACAUCCAAGGCAGCUUAUUCGAACUCUGCGGCAGCGGCAACGGGGCGGCAGGGUCCCUGCUCCCGGCGCUCCCAGUGCUCCUGGCGUCUCUCUCCGCAGCUUUAGUGACCUGGCUUUCCUUCUGA